AGUAUAAAAAGGAUGCACUGAAAGCGUAUAUCUUCACAUACCAAAAUCCAAACAGAGUUGUCAGCAAAUAUGAAGAAUGCAGAUAGUUUAGUUCUUUCCAUUCUUUCUUUUGCACUCUUUUCCACUAUUUCUUUGGCCACUUCUUCACAAAUUGAUGCUAGUUUUCUUCGAUGCCUUACCCGAGUUUCUCCAAAUGCUGAAUCUAUAUCCCGAGUUAUUUACACUCCAAGAAACUCUUCCUACACUUCUAUCCUCAAAAGUACCUUACAAAAUUUACGAUUUGCAUCGUCCGAAACCCCGAAACCUCUUGUUAUUGUUACACCGGUAGACGAAUCCCAAAUCCAAACGGUCAUAUAUUGCUCAAGAAAAACUAAUAUCCAGAUGAGAAUUCGAGGUACAGGGCAUGAUUUCGAGGGUGUUUCCUACGUAUCACAAGUUCCAUUUGUCUUGGUCGAUAUGUUCAAUCUUCGAUCUAUCGACGUUGAUCCUGAAGCUAGAACUGCAUGGAUUGGAGCCGGAGCUACCCUCGGUGAGGUCUACUAUGCAAUUGCACAAAAGAGUAAAACACUUGGCUUUCCAGCUGGUGUUUGGUCCACUGUUGGUGCAACUGGUCUUAUUGGUGGUGGAGGGUAUGGUAUCUUGCGACGCAAGUAUGGUCUCGCGGCUGAUAAUGUGCUCGAUGCUCGGAUGAUUGAUGUUAAUGGGAGAAUUCUAAACAGAAAUUCAAUGGGGGAAGACCUCUUUUGGGCUAUUAGAGGAGGCGGUGCUUCUAGCUUCGGAGUCAUUCUUUCUUGGAAGAUAAAUCUAGUUUCCGUCCCAAAAAUAAUGACUCUUUUCGAAGUUGUGACAACUUUGGAGCAGAAUGGGACUGAUAUAGUCCAUCGGUGGCAAACUGUUGCACCGCAUCUCCCAAAAGAGGUCGAAAUAAGAAUAGUCGUAGAGCCGAUUAGAACAGACUCCCCGGCUGAUGGUAUUGGAACGGUGUUGAGUGAAUCUAGUCAAAUUCGAGGCAGCAAGACCAUUCGGUUCAGAAUCGUUGGCUCGUUUCUUGGCCGAAUAGACCAACUUCUUCCGAUAAUUGAUCAGGCUUUCCCCGAAUUAGGAUUAAAGAGAGAAAACUGUAACGAACUAAGUUACAUUCAAGCCGUGCUUACUUUCUCCCUAAUUUCCCCGGAAAGUCCUCUCGAAACUCUCCUGGAACGAUCAUCCUUGAAGAUUCCAUUCAAAGCAAAGUCCGAUUUCGUGAAACAACCAAUAUCAAAACGAGGCCUGAAUGGAAUGUGGGAUAGGCUUCUUCAAACUGAACCACAAACAACAAAUGUGAUCCUCACCUCAUACGGUGGUCGGAUGGAUGAGAUUUCGGAAUCUUCCAUCCCAUUUCCGCACAGAGCUGGGACAUUGUACAUGAUGUACAUUAGGGUGCUCAUGGAUGGAGAUACUACAAAGGCCUUGGAAUGGAUCAGAGGCUUGUACAGCUAUUUGGCACCCUUCACGGCUCCAAGAACAGCGUAUGUGAAUUAUAACGAUUUCGACCUGGGAGUGAACAAUCUGCAUGAUCCGACUAGCUUCGAGCAAGCCAGUGCAUGGGGUAAAAAGUAUUUCAAGAAUAAUUUCGACAGAUUGGUUGCGGUGAAGUCGAAAGUUGAUCCUACCAACUUUUUUAGACAUGAACAAAGUAUCCCUGUAAGAAGCUGUUGAUUUAUUUUAGAGUAAACUUCAAAGUUGUGGCCAAAGUUUACACUGAUUUUUAAAAGGUUGGCCAGAGUUCCAAAUUCACAAAAAGAUGGCCAAACUCCAGCCAACGUUUUGAAAAUCGAUGUAAACUUUGGCCACAAGCUUGAAGUUUACUCUUUAUUUUAUGUCUAGCUUUCCAUAAUGCACCUUAUCAAAUUUGAGCGACAAAGAUAUUAUUGGGAUCAUGUACUGUUGUCGAAAAAUAAACCCUUUGUUUAAAGGUCUACAAUAAAAGAAGUAUUAUUUUUUUUAAAAUAAUUAACGAAGAAAAACUCUACUCUACCGGUAAUAAUUGGGAAGAUUUUUAUAGCUCCAGACCAAGAUACUAACUUUUCCGUUUUGCAGAGAACUCAAGUAUUUCGGCACUCGUUUUGUUGGAGAAUCUGUAAUUCUGUAUCAUCACUUAGAUACUUAGCUCGCUGAUCAGUGUUCUAAUAAAUGCAUGCUAAAAAUGUAGGUAUACCUAAGUAAUUUUAAUUUAAUGUGAGGAUUCAAGUAUUACUCCUCUGCGUGUCAGUAAUAACUAAUAAUAGAGAUAGUACAGUACUCUAUUCGGCUCAAACAAUGAGGUAGGUUUUGAGAGAGUAAAUAGUGAUCCGAGUAACGACAAUCACUUCUGUGUAUGUGUUUCUGGUUGUUGGAUUAGUGCUGAUAGAAUUGAGUUGAUUACCCUGUAUCUCUAAGAGCAAUUCCAAAAGUGCCUCAAACUGAUGUCCUAAAUUAAAAUUUAAGGCAUUUGGAGUAAAUGAGUGCUCAAACAAUGUUCUACUGGUGCCUUAAAACACUAGGACAUCUCUCAAAUGUCUUAUUUUUGAGGUAUAAGUA